AGUGACCCGCAGUCGACUGCGCAGAUGCCCGUGACUGACUGCGCGCCUGCAGACGAGAGCCAGCGGAAACUUCAGUGUGGCAUGAGCUGACGCAGACUGAGGAAUAACAGCGACUGCUUAUAAUGCCACUUAACAGCGGUGACGGGUGACUGAAACACUGCGCGUGCACUGGACAUGAGACUGACUCCGCGUUCACACACAGCAGGAAUUGGCGUUUUGGACCCGUUCACGUUUAACUUCAGUUUCAGACUUUGUGCUCGAGUGACGGAUCCGCUAUGUUGGCCGGUGCAACUUUCCAAAGUCUCCUGCUGGCUGCGGUCUGUCUCGCCAGCCGGGCCGCCACACUAGAGAGGACCGUCAGACCGCUGGAGACGCUCGAUCUCCCGGGCGGAGAUGAGAAAGACUCAGCAUCGUCUUUGCUGAAGGACAGAACAGACACGGUCACCAGGACUCACUCAAUCGACUCACCCUUGUUGACCAUCAGCUUACAAAACCCCCAAACAGCACAAACAUCUGCUCCAAACGUGCAUGAGGAGGAAGAUGAGGAGGAUGGAGUCAGGAUUCAUGAGGGGUUUGGCAGAGUGACGGCGGACGGAAACGAGGACAGGCUGAACGAGCGACAGACAUACGACGGGUCGCGGAACACAACAGAAUCUGCAGACGGCGCGUCUCUCCCGUGGUCUCUGACGACGCCUCCUAUCGCAGUUCUACUGAGAACCGACACACUUCAGCUCGGAGCAUCUAAUGAGGACAGAAGGCUGAACGCGGACACGAUCACCAGCUCUCCUUCAGACGCACCGACCGCUAACCCAACCAGCAUUACCAGCGGAGACUCGACUGGACCGACGCUGCUGGACACGGCUGAUACGUGGACGGAACCGGUUCAUCUGCGGGCAGAGGAAGUGAGCGUCCUGCCCUCGUCUCAGGAGGUGAGCACAGAGGCCACCAUGUCCUCCGAAGACCUUCCUUUGAUUUUUGAGCCGUUUGAGGAUGUCACGCCACCCGGAGGCUCAGUGUCGUCGUCCGAAGUGUCUGUCGCCAUGGCUCCAGCUGCCGUAACGGCGGGAGACACAGAGCUUGAGCAAAUGGUGUCCAUGGAUACGGAACGCACUUCCUCUGAUGUCCGUCUCUCAGGAACAUCUGGAGCGGAGAGAUCGAGAGCGUCCGUCACAGAAUCUGAUCCCUCAGAGAAGCCUAAGCAAAACGAUGAUGUCACACAGAGCUCAGUUACCCAUCAGCCUCUGACGGUCGUUCACAUGGCAGCGUCGAAACCAAAGACGGACACAGAAGAUCUGGAGACUAAAGAGGAGCCUGAUGAAGACGAGGAGGACGAGGAGAUGGAUUCUGAUGAGGAGGAGGAAGAGAGUGAAGAGGACCUGAUGGAAAGCACCAUGGCACCGCACACGCGGCCGCCCUACAGCCUGAUCCCCCCUCCUCCCGUCUGGGUGCAGCGGAACCAGGGCCUGGUGCGGAGCUGGGUGGAGCUGAUACGAGAGAAGGCUGGUUAUGUGUCGGGGAUGUUGGCACCUGUCGGCAUUGGAAUAGCUGGUGCUCUUCUGCUGGUCGGCGCUCUGUACAGCAUCAGACUGAUCCAUCGCAAGAGGAGAGACAGCUUCAAACACCAGAGGAGGAAGCCGCCCAGAGAAGUGCGGAGCGGACCGGACAACGCCAUGCUGCUGGCCGACAGUUCAGAAGACGAGUUUUGACCAGCUGAAAUCAUUCGUGCUUCAGUUCUGAUGCAAACAGCAGCAUUUCACUGCUAGACACACGAGUCCUGAUGAGAAAACACUAAGUAUAAACAGUAAGUACAUUUAUGAAGAGAAUCACAAUCUGUUUUCUUCAAUAGCACCGACACUCUUUUGAAAAAACUGUAUGUAAUAUGAACAUCUGAACCGCUCAGUAUUUAAUGAAUAGUUUAAAAUCCCUCUGUCUGUUUUAAGUAAAGCGACUUGGAUGAACAGUUUAUUGAAGGACACUUUCAGUGGUCACAUACAGAACUACUUUCUACCGAUGAAUAUCUGCUGUAAGACGCCGUCAUUAGAUCAGAAACAUGUGCAAAUCAUAUCAGACGAUAUUUAACAUCAGAAUCACGUAUAAAACAGUGUUGUGGUAUAAUAGUGCUUUCAUUCAUCUGAUGACGGCAUUCAAACUCAAGACUUCUGCAAGCCGUAUCUUUGAACCAAAAUACAUCACCAUGCAUAUAUUAUAGAAAAUAUUAAAUGAUUGCAUAUCGAAACGCGUCGGGUGAAAUAUCUGGACACGUUUAAACUCGAGAUCAGCAACCGUUUAUAAACACUUCCAUGUUUUAUAUGAAUGUAAUGGUGUUAUUGGUUAUUCCUAAGUCACAUGACAUGCUGUACAUACAGUAUAUAGGUUUGAUUUCACUGUAAAUAUGAUUGUUAUGAUGCCAAAUGUUGUUUUCAUGUUGUAAUGACAAUCUGAUCCGUGCAGAUCUAUAUGAACUCAUGUAACAUGUUUGUGAUUGAAUUUUCAUUUCAGUUCAUGAAUCAUAAAUUCACUGCAGGCUUGUUAGGGUGUUUUUUAAUUAAUAUUUUUUGUCAAAUUUGAGAAAUAUCUUUACUGUAAAAGGUGUUCAGUAUUCUAGAAAUGUACAGAAACACACAGAGCCAUGAAGAAUUCACAGUACAUCACUGUAAAUACGACAAAAAUAAAGUAUUAAAUCAUUUA